AUGGCCGCGAGCGCGUAUGGGGCUGACGAAACGGACAACUUCAUAAACGCUCCAUCUGCGCCUCAAAUGCGCGCCGCCUCCGCGAAAGGUAGCGGUGGUAAUCGCAACAAUUCUUCAAACGCGGAAGACUUGCGCAAAAGCACGUACUGGAACCCGCAAAAGAACUCGAGCGGCGCGCCGGCGUUUUUCGAUCCGUCCAACGAAAAGUUGUACGAGGCGUACUCGCAGUUGCACACGUUGGCGCAAGAAUUCGAUAAGCCGUUCGAUUCCCCGGCGGUGUUAGUCGUUGGUCACCAAACGGACGGUAAGAGUGCGUUGGUGGAAGCGUUGAUGGGUUUCCAGUUUAACCACGUCGGAGGCGGGACGAAAACCAGACGACCGAUUGCCAUCAACAUGAAGUACAACCACAACUGCGUGGAGCCUCGAUGCUAUUUGGUCAAAGACGACACGUUGGGUAAAGAGGAGGAAUUAUCCUUGCCGGAGUUACAAGCGUUCAUUGAGAGCGAAAACGCGAGAUUGGAACAAGAGAAUUCGUUUUGGGCGAAAGAUAUCGUCGUGAAGAUUGAAUAUAAAUAUUGUCCAAACUUGACGAUCAUCGAUACGCCGGGGUUGAUCUCGGCCGCGCCGGGGAGAAAGUUCAACGGCAUGCAACAACAAUCGAGAAUGGUCGAGAACUUGGUUCGUGCGAAAAUGCAAAACCCAGAUUACAUCAUCUUGUGCUUGGAAGACAACUCGGAUUGGUCGAACGCGACGACGAGAAAGGCAGUUAUGGAGUGCGACCCAGAUUUGCGCCGAACCGUUGUCGUUUCGACCAAGUUUGAUACGAGAAUCCCACAGUUUGCGAGAGCCGCGGAUGUGGAGAUGUUCAUGCAUCCACCGAGGCACUUGUUGGAUUCACCUGCUAUGUUAGGGGGUGGUCCGUUCUUUACGUCCGUGCCAAGCGGGAGAGUUGGUUUGUCCCGAGACUCCAUGUUUCGCUCGAACGACCACUUCAGAGAGGCGGUUGUCCAACGCGAGCAAGCUGAUAUCGUCGAGUUGGAAAGACGAUUGGACAGAAGAUUAGAACCGAGCGAACGAGCUCGUUCGGGUUUGUCCCAGUUGAGACACUUCCUCGAACGUUUGUUGCAACAAAGAUACUUGGACAACGUCCCGACGAUUGUGCCUGUGCUCGAGAGAGAACAUCGUCACGCCUCGAACAAGUUGGAAGAAACCGUCGGCGAACUCGCGGACAUGAACCAAGACAAGUUGAAAGAGAAAGGGAGACAGUUUUACCAACACUUUUUGGAAAAGAUUCCAGAGUUGUUGAGAGGUACGCUCGCGGCGCCUCCGAGAGUGUUUGGCGAGACGUUGUCGCAUGAGCACAUCCGAGGCGGCGCGUUUGUCUCCAACGACGGUCGCCCGGUGAACAGCGAAAACCCGAUUCCGAACGCAGAAAUGCGAUUAUUCGGUGGUGCGCAAUACCACAGAGCUUUGGAAGAGUUCCGCCAAAUCGUCGGCGAAGUGCAGUGCCCGCAAGUUUCCAGAGAAGAUAUCAUCAACGCGUGCGGCGUGGAUGAAGUUCACGAUGGGGUCAACUAUACCCGAACCGCGUGUGUUAUUGCCGUCAGUCGAGCCAAAGAUACUUUUGAACCUUUCGUGCACCAGUUAGGUUUCCGUUUGGCGCACAUCGCUCGACGCAUGUUACCUGUUGCCAUGUACUUGUUACAAAAAGAAGGACGAAUUUUAAGCGGACACGAAGUCUUUUUGAAGAAAAUUGGCUCCUCGUUUGCCAAGUUUGUGGACCAACGCGUAAAAGAGUGCCAAGAAAAGUGCCGAGAGGAUUUACUCUCCACCACGAACUUUGUCACAUGGUCGUUGCACUCCGGGAACAAGUCUGGCUUACGAUCGGUGUUGCACCCGGACGCGAGAGUGGACGAGAAGAACUCGUACGGGGGCGCGACCUCGGGCAUGUCCUCGUCCUCUUCGAGAGACUUGGCCAAAGUAAAUCCAAAAGAUCAAAAGUUGAUGGAUUUGGUCGAGAACACCUUGUGGAACCGUAACAUGAAGGAGGUGACGUUAGAUGUUGUCGAUUUGUUGGUUCGUCAAAUCUAUUCGGGCAUUCGCACGUAUGUCGUCCAAUCUGUGGAGUUGAAAUUCAACUGCUUCUUCUUGAUGCCGUUGUUGAACGACUUCUCGCACCAUUUAAGAAACGAAAUGGAAGACGCGUUCGACGUCAACUUGGAUUUGGUAUUUAACGUGAAGAACGUCCGCUUGGCUUUGGAAGAGAGACAACAAAAGUUAGAAGCUGAGUUGGAACAAAUGGAACACAUCCAAUCGAAGUUUGCGAGCAUUCACUCGCAACUCGAGGUGCACUCUGGAGCCUCGCCGGCAACGGUCGCGGCAGCGCAAGCGGCCAGAAAUGGAACGUCAUUUAGAACCGCCGCGGAUCGUGAGAUGCAAAUUUCCUCGGAUUCAGUGAAGGCCGCGCAAGAGAUGGAAGCCGGCAUCGCGCACGCUAAGGAACAGUUUGCCCACUAUUCGCCAACCAACGCCGGCGUGCGCCAACAGGGCAAGACGAUGAAUUCGCCGGGCACGGUUCAGUCUGGUAAAUCUGGCAUCCGAGGCAUUUUGUCGCCGCGUAAUAUCUAA